UGCAAGCUACCACACCUGGUGGCUACUACGCUGCAAUUGGGGCUGGGGAUUCGCAAGAGUGCCAGUGAAAUUAACGAUCUUUACUUUCGAAGGCGUCACCUCUAAGAAAGCCUGCCCACUAGUAACCAGCCUCGCUCCACCAACAACCACAGAAAUCUUGCCUGCGCUCACUGUAUGCGUCGACAAUUCUUCAAGGCUGAGAUUCAGACCAGCUACCUAGGUAGGCGGCAGCCAGCAUUCCUCUACCAUUUGUACCUUUCUCGCUUCCCUUCGGAAAAGUGUUAGGCACAUUCUUUAGUUUGACUUCUCUCGUUGAGUCCUCGCGGGGAACGUCAGCUGGAUAGCCUAGCUUGGAAGCUGCAGUAUCAAGGGAGCCUAGCAAUAUCUUUGUGGAUGCCAUUUCGGCCGGGCGUAUACGAUUCAGUUGACUUGACCACGGCUAUGCAUUGUCAUUAACCGUUACCCGUCGAGUUGUCCCACCACAGUACAGGUUCUCCGGAGGCAUGUCACAAAAUGUCUCCAAGCUUCCCAUCCGCGUCCACACCGUUGAUGGUGCUUCAGCAGACCCCUACGACCACGAGAUCUCGUUAGUCGACACCACCGCUUCUACAGACCAUGAUGAGCCCCGCUCGGCUUCUCCAAGCCCGAGUUCGCAGAAACUCUUGAAGAAGACAACUAGUUCCUCGGUCAGGGAGCAUUUAGCGAAACGGAAACAUGCAAAGUACGCAAAGUGGCAGGAGGGGCGCUACCCUACCAAAUCAGGCGGUGUCAUCACAACCCAAGAGAAUGCUUCGGGGUCUACAUCGGUACGGCCCGAUAGGCCUGAAGGGGAGACAGGGACAGACACUGUGGACUUUGCACCGACCCAAGGCGCAGACCGAGGAAGAAUAAGCGCGCAGAAAAGAGUCCAGGAAUCCAGGCAUCUCAAAGAACAAGUUCAUGAAUAUGACGUUCUCUAUGAGAACCAGCGCGGAUCCUUCUUCUGCGGCAUACCUCUCUACUCGCACUCAUCUCUCCUGCCAAUCGAUCCUGCCCCGUGGGUGAACAAGGAAUUCCAUGAUUCACCCGUCAACAUAACCAAUGCCCAAGUCCCAGAUCCAAGCUGGGAAUGGGCCUGGAAAACAUGGUACGUUGAUAUGAGUCAUGACGUGGAUGAAGAAGGUUGGCAAUACUCUUUCGCCUUCGGGAAGACUUGGUCAUGGCAUGGCACCCAUCCAUGGUUUCAUUCAUUUGUCCGGCGGAGGCGAUGGUUACGAAAACGGGUCAAGAAAAACCCCGAUUCCCGUUGGGGCAAGCCGGGAAGUAUGGGCGCUGCCCACCACCUUACGAAGGACUAUUUUACCAUUCACUCGAAACGAGACCGAAGCCCCGUCAGUGUUGUCGAUGGUGCCGCGCAAACCGCUAGGCCAUCGAGCUUCAUUAGUUGUCCAAGCACCACUGACUUGGUGGAACCGCCUGAAGACAUCAAGGACAUUGGUACUCUACUCAAAUCUCUCAAGUUUGCAGCUGUCGACCGGGAAAAGAUUGAUCUGGUGAAGAGAUUCGUUGACCAAGGUGGAGACGAACUAGUUUAUCUCAAGGACCAUCUUCCGGACAUCAUGUCGUACUUUGUGUUCCAGAAUUCAAGGAAACAGCUAUUAUCAUAUCUCAAAAAGACGGCCCAUGAAGCGCGGCAACAUCGACAGAAACAUGACGAUGAUAAGCGGCCGGAGGGCGAUGCUGAAAGCCGCAGGAUCAAUAAUCUCCUCGCGGCAGUCGAUGCUGCCAACGCUCAGAUUGGGGCAUUAGAGUUUUGGAGUGACCGAAAGCAUGUCCUCAAAACUACAGACAACGAUGGCACGAGAAGUGCCCCAAUUUCCACCAUUUUCGACGCCCCUGUGAUCGAGCCGGAGGUUGAGGAUGAUCCUGUGCAAGAGAUUAAAGGUAUACCUGAGAAGGCCGACAUUCCAGAAGAGACGACUUCAGUGGUGUUUAACACGCAGCGACAAUCGUCUAUCGAAAAGAGGGACGGCGAAGAAGCCGGAGAAAAGAGCGACGAACCCGAACAAAGAGAGGAUAAGGGUAAAGGUAGAGCCAAAGAACAUGACAGCGAGGAUGAUCAGGUGGAAGCGGCUUCAAUACCGCGACUGGGCCCGGAUGAUGUCCUCGUUCCUGAGCAAGACUAGCAGCCUUCUGGGGGAUACUGUGUAGUGACUUAGCGCAGGCGUUGGUGGGCUUUCUGAACAAUGACAUGAGUAUAAGUCAUGGCAAUAAUGAAGUGCAUAGUGUAUCUUGGAUUGGGUAGUUAGUACUGGCACUCUAGGUGGCACUGGCAGCUGAAGCAAAGCUGGAAUGCCCGGUGGCUGGAGCGGCGCAAGGCUGGAAAAUCAAUAUAACCCAAUCGCGUUAGUGCCUAGUUCGCGUAUUUUGGACGCGUCGAGACGCGACUUGUGAGCAUCGAAUUGAACAUUGACUCCAGC